GGCAGGUCCACACAUCCGGACUCACCCGCAUUUACCUGGAAGACGGCCCCGCUCCAACCAGUCUCAGAAUCCCGAAGCUCCCAGGAGGACUGGCGAGGAAAUCGUGGCUGUCCUGCUCUGUCUACAGGAGGCCAUGUGAACCAGGAACUCCAAAUUCAGACUUCUGACUGACACUUGCCGCCGAUCAAUAUGGAAAAGAGCUUGAAAAACGUUAUUGUCGUUUCACUUGGAUUUUUGCUUCUCUUCACCGCUUAUGGAGGACUUCAGAGUCUGCAGAGCAGUCUCAACCAAGAGGAGGGCCUGGGGGUGACCGCCCUCAGCGUGCUGUAUGGAGCCCUCAUCCUGUCAUCCAUGUUCCUCCCGCCGAUGCUCAUCAAGAAGUUCGGCUGCAAGUGGACCAUUGUAGUGUCCAUGUGCUGCUACAUCGCAUUCUCCCUGGGCAACUUUUACCCCAGCUGGUACACUCUGAUCCCGACCUCUAUGAUCCUGGGACUUGGAGGGGCUCCGCUCUGGUCCGCUAAAUGCACCUACCUUACAAUUUCCGGAAACGAAUACGCCCGGAGAGCUGGGAAAAUCGGAAGAAACGUGGUUAACCAGUACUUUGGGAUCUUCUUUCUUCUAUUCCAGUCCUCCGGCGUGUGGGGAAAUCUUAUUUCAUCUUUGAUAUUUGCUCAGUCACCAACCCAAGGGAUAAACCCAGAAGAACAGCUGAAGUACUGUGGGGCCAGCGACUGUCCAACGACGACCAACGUCUCUACGAACAGCACCCAGCGUCCACCCCAGGACCUGGUCUAUACCCUCCUGGGCGUCUACACAGGGAGUGGAGUCCUGGCUGUCUUACUGGUUGCUAUAUUUCUGGAUCCCAUAAAUGACAACCCACCGGAAAAGACCGGGGAGAAGAAGAAAGACUCCUUUUGGGGCACUUUCCUUGAAACGUUUCAACAGCUUAAAGAUAAGCGGCAAUGUCUCUUAAUUCCCCUGACAAUGUACAGUGGAUUUGAACAAGGAUUCCUUUCCGGUGACUAUACCAAGUCCUAUGUGACCUGUGCCCUGGGAAUACAGUACGUUGGUUAUGUGAUGAUCUGCUUUGCAGCCACCAAUUCAAUCUGCUCCAUGCUGUUUGGCAAGCUGUCCCAGUACACUGGCCGAAUAGCCCUGUUCCUCCUAGGUGCCGUGAUAAAUCUUUCCUGUAUCAUUGCCCUUUUGCUGUGGAAACCCCAUCCAGAUAUGUUUGCCGUGUUCUUCAUAUUCCCGGCCCUUUGGGGCAUGGCUGAUGCCAUCUGGCAGACCCAAACCAAUGCUCUCUACGGAGUUCUAUUUGAGGCCCGCAAGGAAGCUGCCUUUGCCAAUUAUCGCCUCUGGGAGUCUCUCGGAUUCGUCAUAGCUUUUGGAUACAGCACCUUUUUGUGCGUCUCGGUCAAGCUCUACGUCGUGCUCGCGGUUCUGCUCGUGUCAAUGGUGACUUACGGAACAGUCGAGUACUUGGAAUCCAAAAACCCAUCCGAUAAACUGGCCGCCUCUGAGAGGAGCGACCGGACAGACACUCCAGAGAAGCAAACAUACCUGUAAGAUGAGAUCCGUGGCAGGGAAGAAUCAGAAUACGCCAGUCACUUCUUCGGGUGUGACGUUGGCAUUCGGUGAUCCUUUCGAAAGGCAACGCAAUCUAACUCUGCACAGUCGUUCAUGUUCAUUCGUGUUGCGUAGGGUAUCCUGGAAAAGAAAUUUUUCAAAAAUCACAAAAGACCGAGUUCUGAUCCAGAGUCUGAUUAGCCCCUGGAAAGUUGCUCCAACGAUGUAAUGUAUUUUUGUCUAUAAUCAAUCAAACCAUCAUAUUUACCGAAUGCCUACUGUGUAGGGAACACUGUACUAAGCACCAGGGAGAGUAGCCUGGCCCUGGUCGCUUCCUAUUCUUGCAGGUAGCCUACCCUAUUCUUUUCCAGACAUCGGCUUCUUAAUAAAUUCAGUUGUCACUUUGAGGAUCCGCCUAUGACAAUUUUGAUCAUCAACACGCAGCUAGCAGAAGAAAGCAUGCCAAAGUGUUGAAUAUAUCGCUGCCUCAUAGAUUCUUUGAGAGGAGCCUCUCAUCCAAAAUAUUCCCUCACCCCUUCCCACCUGUCCCUCUCCCCACACCCCUGUGAUUUGGGACCCCAUGCCUUUCCCAUGCAGUGUUUGACUCUUGGAAGACACAGAAAAGCAGCACGACCUAAGUGAAAGGCGAUCAGAAUUGGGAGGCUCCACCACUUGUCUGCUGUGUGGCCUUGGACAAGUCACUUCACUGCUC